UGUUCGUCCUACGAUCCUAGUGUUGCAACGUUAAAGCAUUUGUAAUUAAAUGGUACUUAUUUUUUUUUCCUUUUACAAGGGCGGGUGUGAUUUUUUUUAGUGAGUUUUAAAUUUCUCGUGUUUAUAGAAUAAAAUCAUUAGGUUUAAAAUGGGUACUUCUAGUAGCAGCUUACAUGAACUACGGGACAAUAAAUAUUUACAGCAAUUUUCUGGUAAAGAACCAAUAUCUCCCAAUGAUCCAUUCUGGAACCAGUUGUUGUCAUUCACGUUUGCUCCUCCACAUUCUUGUGCAGACUGUAGAUUACUAGAAGAUAGUAUUCGCCCAAUGCUUGAUGCUUUGUUGAACAGCAAUCCCAUCACUGGUAAUGUUGCUGCCCUUAUCAAAGUUUUCCUAGUUCAUUCCUCUGAGCUUAAAGCUGCUGUUCAGUGUGAGAACAAAGUUUUUAUUUGGCAGGCUUAUAAUUCUCUCUUUAUUUUACGUUGCAUACUAAAGUAUUUUAUUGAAACAUUAGGAGAAGAAGGUACUCUAAAACAAUUAGAAGAUGUUCAACAGAACAAAACUGACCCAAAUAAUGCAUCGGAGCCUGAGAAACUGCUAGAAUCUGCAAUCAAUGCCUUAUUUGAAAUUAUUGUGGAUAUAUCUCUUGAUAGUAAAACAUAUGCUAUUACAGUGGAGGCUGUACAUACAUUGAUAGUACUGCUGUCAGUACAGAUGUUCUCAUCAAGAUCUGCACAUUUAUCCACAGUAUAUCAAAUCAUCAUGCGAGGAGAAUGUGCUGCUCAUUCUUCUGCUCUUAUAAAAACUCUUCUGACACACUACAGUAAUCAAGAUAUGUGCCCUCAUUGUAUCACUGCUGUAGAAGGUGGUAGCAUUAUUGCUGGGCUUGCAUCUGGGCUUUGGAAUGUAUUAACUCUAAAUUAUGCUGGAAAAAAUUCCCCCAAAGAUUUAUCAUCAGUUACUGUACUUGCCAAUCAUAGUUUGUUGUUGUUAUUGAUUUUAGUAAACCAUUGUACCAAUGAUAAAGAGAUGAAGAAUCCAUAUCGAGCUGCAUUAUUUUCUUUUAAAAAUUCUAAUGGUACCAGUGAUGGUGCCUCAAAAGACGAGAUUGCAGCUUUCAAGUUGGACUUUGAUAUCUUAUUUAAAACUUUAUGUAACACUUUAAAAGAUGAUCAGACUGCAUUGUUAGCCUACUUAUUAUUGCAUCAAAAUCCAAAUUUCAGGCAGUAUAUUAUUUUUUCAUCAGAAAUUUAUUUGUUAGUUAUGCCACUACUGAAAUUGUUAUAUAAUGCUCCUGAUAAAAAUUCACAUCUUAUUUACAUGACACUAAUUAUAUUGUUGAUUUUAAGUGAAGAAGAAUAUUUUGAUAAGCAAAUUCACAGUAUAAAAUUAAGGAAUGUUACAUGGUAUACUGAAAGAAUGCUGUCAGAAAUUUCUCUCGGCAGUAUGAUAGUUCUUAUUCUUAUUCGAACUAUACAAUUCAAUAUGACGCGAAUGCAUGAUAAGUAUCUUCACACUAAUUGUUUAGCUGCUUUAGCUAACAUGUCUGCCCAUAUUCAAAAUUUGCAUACUUAUGUUUGUGACAAAUUCAUUAAUCUGUUAGAGAGCAUGGGUAAGAGAUACAUACGUAUUACAGAACAGUCAAAAUCUGGAUCUCGGCCAGUUGAUGAUGAAUUAUUGCCAUCAGAUUUGAUGCAAGAUUUAUCAGUGUUAGAUGAAGUUCUUCGAAUGCUUCUAGAAAUUCUGAAUUCUUGCUUAACUUUUCAACUUCGAAAUAACAUUAAUUUAUUAUACACUAUUUUGUAUAAAAAGGAUAUUUUCAGUAUGUUUCGAUCAAAUGCAAAUUUUCAAGAUAUUAUGCAGAAUAUUGAUAUUGUUUUGCUAUUUUUUUCACCUCAUUUAGAGUCAGUAGAACAAAAUGUGUCUGUUUUAGAAGUCACUGAAAUAAUAAAAUCGGUUUGUCUGCAAUGGUCUAAAGAAAAGAUGAAGAAACUUCCAGAAUUAAAGUUUAAAUAUGUUGAAGAAGGCCAGCCAGAAGAUUUCUUUAUACCUUAUUUAUGGUCUGUCGUUUUUCAUUCUUCAGAUAUUUAUUGGAAUUCAAAAAAUAUAUUAAUAUUCAAUCCAUACAAACAAGCAUAGAACAUUCAUUAAUGUUUUACAUAAUCAUGUUUUAUGUUUGUUAAAUUAAAGGUAUCAUAAAACGUGUUAUUUUAUGCAUGCAAUUGUUCAUAUCGUUACUAACUUUUGCAUUGUAACAAAAUUUUUCAUUGAACUGGUUUUUGAAUCCAUUGAAUGAUUAUUUACUGAUAUAAAUAUUUAUUAUCGAGUUUAUUGGAAUAGUUUGUGUAUAACUUGUAAUUUGUUUCUGCAGAGUGUUUGUAUUCAAUGAAAUUAUGCAGCA